UUUUAAACAAAAGUCUGGGUGAGACACAGACAGAGUAUACCUCCUACUUCUCCUGCCUGGGAUUUCUGCGAGAAGCAGCUGCGGUCUUCUGUUCUCUACCUUGUUUCCUUCAUUACUUCAACUGCUGGUAGACCCAGAAAAGUGGGAAAAGUUUCUAUAUUUUUACUCUCCUCAGCUGGAUCAUUCUACUCCUGUGGUAGUGCUGUGGGAAGGGCUACUGUCAUCUUGCAAGUGUAAAGGAUAUAUUCCUAGGUCCGUGUUGCUGACAGGCAGGGAUGAGAUCCCGAAACCAAGGUGGAGAAAGCUCGUCUAACGGGCACUUCUCCAGUUCCAAGCCUGUCAUCAGCCAUGCAGAGAAUGAAAAACUUCAGGAGGACGCCAAGAAAAAGAACAAACCUCAUCGGAAGGAAGAUGAGGUCAUGGUUUCAGCAACUGUCAAACGGCACUCAAAAUCACCUGGUCCUAGCGAGAGAAAAAACAAGAAGUCCAUAGAGCUCUCUAAAGAAGACUUGAUAAAACUGCUCAGUAUAAUGGAAGGAGAAUUGCAGGCAAGGGAGGACGUGAUCCACAUGCUGAAGACAGAGAAAACCAAACCUGAAGUUUUAGAAGCUCAUUAUGGGUCUGCAACUCCAGAGAAUGUGCUUCGGGUGCUACACAGGGAUGCCAUCCUUGCCCAAGAAAAAUCCAUAGGGGAAGAUGUCUAUGAGAAACCAAUUUCAGAGCUGGACAGACUUGAAGAGAAGCAGAAGGAGACGUAUCGGCGCAUGCUGGAGCAGCUCCUGUUGGCAGAAAAGUGCCACCGCCGCACCGUUUACGAGCUGGAAAACGAGAAACACAAACACACAGAUUACAUGAACAAGAGCGACGACUUCACCAACCUCUUGGAACAGGAGCGGGAGAGGUUGAAGAAACUUCUUGAGCAGGAGAAGAUCUAUCAAGCCCGGAAGGAGAAGGAGCAUACAAAGAGAAUCAAUAAACUAAGAGAAGAACUAGUAAAGCUCAAAUCAUUUGCACUCAUGCUGGUGGAUGAAAGACAAAUGCAUAUUGAACAACUUGGUCAACAAAGCCAGAAAAUACAGGAUUUAACCCAAAAACUAAAGGAAGAAGAAGAAAAGCUUAAAAUUAUUAGUGCAAAAGCAAAAGAAGAUGGACAAAAACUGAUGAAAUUAGAGGCAGAACUUGAACACAAAACAUCAUCAUUUUGUCAAGAACAUGAGGAGAUGACUGCUAAACUGGCUAAUCAAGAGUCACAUAAUAGACAGCUAAGGCUCAAGCUAGUGGGGUUGACUCGCAGAAUAGAGGAGCUAGAAGAAACUAACAAAAAUCUUCAAAAAGCUGAGGAGGAACUUCAAGAAUUAAGAGAUAAAAUAGCAAAAGGGGAAUGUGGGAACUCUAGCUUAAUGGCAGAAGUGGAAAACCUCCGCAAGCGCGUGCUUGAAAUGGAGGGGAAAGAUGAAGAGAUCACAAAAACUGAAUCCCAGUGCAAAGAGCUGAAAAAUAAACUGCAAGAGGAAGAGCAUCAGAGCAAAGAGUUGAAACUUGAAGUGGAAAAACUGCAGAAAAGAAUGACAGAAUUAGAGAAGCUGGAAGAGGCUUUCAGUAAAAGUAAGUUGGAAUGCACCCAGCUACACUUAAACUUGGAGAAAGAAAAAAAUUUGACUAAGGAUUUGAUAAAUGAGUUGGAAGUGGUGAAGACUCGAGUGAAGGACCUUGAGACAUCCGAAAGCAAGUUGGAAAAGGCUGAAAUAAGCUUAAAAGAUGACCUUACGAAGCUGAAGUCAUUUACUGUGAUGUUGGUUGAUGAGCGAAAAAAUAUGAUGGAAAAAAUAAAACAGGAGGAAAAAAAGGUUGAGGGCCUAAACAAGAAUUUUAAAAUUGAACAAGGAAAAGUUAUGGAUGUAACAGAGAAAUUGAUAGAAGAAAGUAAGAAAUUUUUGAAACUGAAAUCUGAAAUGGAGGAAAAAGUAUCUAGUUUGACAAAGGAAAGGGAUGUGUUAAUUGGCAAACUGAGAAGUGAAGAAGAGAAGUCAUCUGAAUUAAGCUGUAGAGUUGACCUGUUAAAGAAAAGAAUUGAUGGUAUGGAGGAAGUAGAAAGAGAAAUUACAAGAGGUCGAACUAGGAAAGGAGCAGAGCAUGGUUGUCAUGAGGACAACAAGAUUAAGGAACUUACCAUUGAAAUAGAAAGAUUGAAAAAACGUCUCAAACAACUGGAAGUGGUUGAAGGAGAUUUGAUGAAGACUGAAGAUGAGUAUGAUCAGCUAGAGCAGAAAUUUAGGACGGAGCAGGAUAAAGCUAAUUUUCUGUCUCAACAGUUGGAGGAGAUGAAACUCCAGAUUGCCAAAACGAAAGCAAUAGAAAAAGGUGAAGUAGUGAGCCAGGAGGCAGAGCUGAGGCACAGGUUUCGUCUGGAAGAGGCCAAAAGCAGAGAUUUGAAAGCAGAAGUUCAAGCACUGAAGGAAAAAAUCCACGAGCUCAUGAACAAAGAAGACCAGCUUUCUCAGCUCCAAGUCGAUUAUUCAGUUCUGCAGCAAAGGUUUAUGGAAGAGGAAAACAAAAACAAGAGCAUGGGGCAGGAAGUUUUGAACCUGACCAGAGAGCUGGAGCUUUCUAAGCGUUACAGCCGUGCCCUGAGGCCCAGCAAUAACGGGAGAAGAAUGGUUGAUGUUCCUGUCACGUCCACCGGCGUGCAGACAGAUGCUCUCAGCAAUGAAGCAGCCGAAGAAGAAACUCCAGCAGUGUUCAUAAGGAAAUCCUUCCAGGAGGAGAAUCAUAUCAUGAGCAAUCUGCGACAGGUGGGUCUGAAAAAACCCAUGGAGCGUUCUUCAGUUCUUGAGAGAUACCCUCCAGCAGCAAAUGAGCUUGCUAUGAGGAAAUCCUGGAUCCCAUGGAUGAAAAAGAGGGAAGCUGGGGCUCAGACAACUCCUGAGAAAGGAGCCCGAACCCACAGUAGUCCAGCACAUCCUGGGGAGGUUGUCCUUUCACCAAAGCAGGGUCAACCUCUUCAUAUUCGGGUGACACCAGAUCAUGAGAAUAGUACAGCGACUUUGGAGAUAACCAGUCCAUCUGCCGAGGAAUUUUUUUCAAGUACCACUGUCAUUCCUACAUUGGGAAAUCAGAAGCCACGGAUAACCAUCAUUCCCUCUCCAAACGUCAUGCCACAAAAAGGAAAAGGCAGUGAAAGUCCCAUGGGCCCAGAGCGUUCCAUGUCUCCAGUCACUAUAACAACGUUCUCCAGGGAGAAGUCCCCAGAGGGAGGGAGAGCACCCUUCGCUGACAGACCUGCAUCGCCAAUCCAGAUCAUGACGGUGUCGACAUCUGCGGCGCCGGCAGAAAUCUCCGUCUCUCCGCAGUCACAAGACAUGACCAUGGGAAGGGCUGUCUUCAAAGUCACGCCGGAAAAGCAAACCGUCCCGACUCCCAUCCGCAAGUACAACGCCAAUGCCAACAUUAUUACCACGGAAGACAACAAAAUCCACAUCCACCUGGGUUCCCAGUUCAAGCGCUCCCCCAGCGCCGCCCCUGACGGCGCGAGCCCUGUGAUAACGGUGCGGCCGGUGAACAUCACGGCGGAGAAGGAGGUGGUGACCGGCACUGUCCUUCGGUCACCUCGGAGCAGCCUGUCCCCGCGACCUGCAGCCAGCAAGGUGACAAGUACUAUCACCAUCACGCCUGUCACAACGUCUUCCACUCGAGGAACACAAUCGGUGACAGGACAGGAUGGGUCAUCCCCGAGACCUACACCCACCCGCAUUCCUGUGUCAAAAGGUAUGAAAGCAGGAAAGCCAGUAGUGGCAGCCGCAGGAGCAGGAAAUGUGACAAAACUCGAGCCUCGUGCUGAGACUCAGUCUAUGAAAAUAGAACUGAAGAAAUCUUCAGCCAGCAGCUCUGCCUCCCUGGGCGGGGGUCAGGGCUGAUGGCAGUGGCUCAGGGGAGAGUGUCAUCAUUCACCAGUUACGCGUGAACUCUAGAUGAGUUACCCGCUAGAGCUCUCUGUGUGCACUACCCUCCAUGCCUGUGGAUGGAUCACUGUAGAAG